AUGGCUUAUUUCCUUCUUUCACUUUGCAUAAUCUUCACAACCCUCUCUCUCACCUCCUCUCGCACCAUCACCCCUCCUUCACACACCACUCUUCUCAACAUCUCUUCAUCCCUUCACCAAGCCCGCCAGAUCCUCUCCUUCAACCCCCAAAAAGUUCUACAACAAGCUUUAACCCAACAAGAAACCCCCAUUUCACCCGCUUCCUCUUCCUCUUCCUUCUCUCUUCAACUCCACACAAGGGAAACUCUCUACAAUGAGCGACACUCAGAUUAUAGAACCCUACUUUUGUCCCGACUCGCCCGCGAUUCUGCCCGAGUAAACUCGCUCGAGACUAAACUUCAGCUGGCAGUCAACAGCGUCAAAAGAUCGGACCUUUACCCAACCCAGACGGAGCUUCAACCGGAAGACCUCUCCACACCGAUCUCCUCCGGCACCAGCCAGGGCAGCGGCGAGUACUUCGCACGUAUCGGCGUGGGCCAGCCCGCAAAGCCCUUCUACAUGGUCCUCGACACAGGCUCCGACGUGAACUGGCUCCAAUGCAAACCCUGCUCCGAUUGUUACCAACAAGCAGACCCGAUAUUUGACCCGACAACAUCCUCCUCGUACUACCCUUUAACCUGCGACUCACAACAGUGUCAGGACCUCGACAUGUCGGCGUGUAGAAACAAUAGAUGCCUCUACCAAGUUUCCUACGGUGAUGGAUCGUUCACCGUUGGUGAAUACGUCACAGAAACGAUGACGUUUGGCGGUUCCGGGUCGGUUAGUCGGGUCUCUAUUGGGUGCGGGCACGAUAACGAGGGGCUAUUCGUUGCAUCCGCAGGGCUCAUUGGACUUGGUGGUGGACCCUUGUCAUUAACCUCCCAAAUCAAAGCGACAUCGUUUUCGUAUUGUUUAGUGGAUCGCGACUCAGGGAAAUCGUCCACCCUGGAGUUUAACUCGCCUCGACCGGGUGACUCAGUCACCGCGCCAUUGCUGAGGAACCAGAAGACGAGCACGUUCUACUACGUGCAGCUAAUCGGAUUCAGCGUUGGCGGAGAGAUAGUGUCCAUCCCACCAGACACUUUUGCGGUCGACCAGUCCGGUGUUGGUGGCGUGAUCGUUGAUUCCGGAACCGCAAUAACUCGGUUGCGGACUAAGGCUUACAACUCGAUCCGCGACGCAUUCAAGAGGAUGACUCAGAACCUGCGUCCAGCAGAAGGCGUUGCGCUGUUCGACACAUGCUACGACCUUUCCUCUCUGCAAUCAGUGCGUGUGCCGACAGUGUCGUUUCACUUCGCCGGCGACAAGACGUGGUCGCUACCGGCAAAGAACUAUCUGAUUCCGGUGGACGGGGCCGGAACUUAUUGUUUCGCGUUUGCGCCAACGUCGUCGUCUCUGUCUAUCAUAGGGAACGUGCAGCAGCAGGGGACACGUGUCAGUUUCGAUAUGGCAAACUCUGUAGUGGGGUUCUCUCCCAACAAGUGCUAG